AUGAGCUGCAAUGGUUGUAGAGUGCUUCGCAGAGGAUGCAGCGACUCGUGCGUCCUAAGGUCGUGUUUGGAAUGGAUCGACAACCCUCAAGCUCAAGCCAACGCCACUCUUUUCGUCUCGAAGUUCUUCGGCCGGAGCGAUCUCAUGGCCUUCAUCUCCGGCGUCCCCCAUAACAAAAGACCUGCCUGUGGCCGGACAGUGAAUCCGGUGAAUGGUGCGAUUGGCCUUCUCUCAACCGGAAACUGGCACGUGUGCCAGUCUGCGGUGGAAACAGUCCUCUCCGGGGGAAUUUUACGGCCGCUGGUCACCGGAAUUUUAACCCCUAAUUCCGAUGAAGCUUCCGAGGUCUUCCGACUUGGAUACACUAAAUCUACAGCGUCCAUGCAUGUAUCUGAUCAACUGAUCGCGCAUCAACCAUCCGAUCUGAAGAUACCUCUGUUUGGAACCAGUUAUCCCCCGGAUAAAUGGCUGAAUUCUCGGGUGUCACUCGGCUCCGACGUGUCGGAGGUCUCGAUGGGUUUUGAAACCGGUGAUGAUGGCGUGAAGAAGAAGCAGGGUGGUGGAGGAGAAGAACCAAAGCUUCUGAACCUCUUUGCGUAA